UGUACACUUUUUUUUUUUUUUUUUUCUUUCGACCCCCAACAAUCUCACUUCAUCUUCUUCUUCUUCUCCGAUCGCUCUCCUCCGCCCCUGAAAGUUCAGCUCCGUUUCUCUCCCCUCCACUGCCAAGCCCUCCCGCUUAAUCACGCUCUGCGCUCCCAAUUCCGCUAAGCCGACGUCGUCCCUGUCCGAAUCGGCGGCAGCGGAGGCCAGCAAUGAAGCUUUUAUUCAAGCUCAAAACGACAUGUCGGAAAGUCAGCGGACUGUGGAGGUCGGAAACGCUAGCGUUCCGAGCCCGUCGGUGGCCAGAUUGAGCUUGAGCGACCAGGCUUUCUUUCUCUUGGCCUUCGUCGCGUGCACGACUUCUGUGGCAUUUACGAGCUUUGUAAUUGCAGCUAUCCCGACGCUGGGUGCAAUGGGGAAAGCUGCAAUAUCUCUUUCAAAGCUGGCGGAUACAGCUUGUGAAGAACUUCCUAGUACCAUGGCUGCCGUUAGGCUUUCAGGCAUGGAAAUAAGUGAUCUUACGCUGGAACUGAAUGAUCUUAGUCAAGAGAUAGCUGAUGGGGUCAGCAAGUCCACUCAAGCCGUUCAAGCAGCAGAAGCUGGGAUUCUGCAGAUUGGUACAAUUGCACGGCAGCAGACUAUGUCUAUGUUUUAAGCUCCAUCUCUGUGGCUUCUGCAAUGAUACAGGAGAGGGCAAGCCUUCCCAUCAUCUCUUUGCAACCCGCUGUUGUCGGAGCAGCAAAGAAGACCUCUCUUGUUGUCGGGCAAGCCACUAGGAACUUGAUCAAUAUAUUAUCAACACUUACACAAACUACGUAGUAAUAAAACGCGCUUUCUCAACCAAAGUAGGGUGAGAAGAUUAUUUAAUCUUCUAUCACAAUAAAAAAAGUUAAGAAUAGUAAUGUAAUUUUACAAAACAAAA